UAUUGACAGCCGUAUUAUAAGGAUCUGUAAAGAUCAGUGCUCAAGUGUCAAAUAAUUACUUAUAAGUAGAAUUUUAUUAAUUAAAUAAUGGCCAGGGCGUUGAAAUUUGGAGCUCAUCUGAAAGAGUUACGCAUCCAUUUGUGCCAAACGGGCGAUGCUAGUAUGGGCGUCAGGUCCUUCAUUGAGAAAUAUUAUGUGGACUUAAAAAGUGCAAAUCCAAAAUUUCCGAUAUUGAUACGCGAAUGUUCUGGUGUUCAACCAAGGCUGUGGGCCAGAUAUGAAAUGGGCAAAGAAAACAGUGUCUCCUUGAGUAACUUGAAGCCAGAAGAUGUCCUCAAACAAGUAGAAACUAUUGCCAGGAAAUAGAUUUAAAAGCUUCAUAUCUGAAAGUAGAUAAUUUUCAUUGUUGUUUUUU